CCAUCAAACACCGAACAAGAGGAAGAAGAAGAAACAAAGAUGGCGGCGAACGGAGAGAGCAGCUAGAAUGGCUAACACGCAUCGAGCUAACUGAUGUGAGCUCUGCUCCGGCCGCAUCGUUUAGGACUCGCUGGGACACCCAGCAGCAGCCAUGGUGCUGCUGUACGGCCUGUUAUGGCGGUUCCUUCUGUUUCUGGUUCACGUCAAGAGGGCAGCUGUUGCCUGGAUGCGGGUCCGUCUCCGGAGCUGGAGAGUCCGUCUCUGGGAGCGGACAAUAGCCGCUCUCUUUUUGCCGGUGUCCGUGUCUGAGUUCCCGAACUACCAGAAGAAGACGACUCUUAAUCAGAAUGCCAACCGUCUCUCCGGGAACCGAACCGGGACCAACCCGUCCCGCCCUUUGGCUGACGGGAAGGCUCUGGAGAAGUUGCCGGUGCACGUUGGCUUAAUGGUGGCGGAGGAGGAGCUGAGCUACACGGACAUAGCCAGCCUGGUGGUGUGGUGUAUGGCCAUCGGUGUGUCAUAUGUCAGCGUCUACGACAAUAACGGCGUUUUCCAGAAGAACAGCUCCCACCUGCAGGAGGAGAUACUGAGGCAGCAGCAGAAACUGGUGGGUGCUGAUGAAUCCAAACAUAGCGUGGAGUUACUGAACACCGACCAAGACCAGCACUUUGUGGUGUCCUGCCGGCCCAUGCUGAAGGUGUUGUCCCCCGAGGACGGGAAGCACAGCAUUGUCCAGGCAGCAAGAAAGCUCUGCCACUCUGUGGAGAACAAGGAGAGGAGCUCCAAAGACAUCAGUGUCUCUAUGUUGGACGACCUUCUCAGAGAGUCGAAGAACAUUCCGGACCCUGAGCUGGUGGUGAAGUUUGGCCCAGUCAACAGCACGUUGGGGUUCCUCCCCUGGCACAUCAGACUCACUGAAUUCAUCUCCCUGCCAUCCCACAGAAACGUCUCCUAUGAGGACCUUUUGGGCGUCCUGCAGCGGUACAGCUCCUGUCAGCAGAGGCUGGGACAGUGAUGGAGGUUCGGACUCCCCUCAUCGCGCUUCUGAUCCGUUUCAGCGCUGCCUCCAGGAUAACUUGGAGAUCUGGGCCUGCUCUUAGAAUAAAUUCAUUCCAAGGAUUUCUGGACACAAACCAUAGACCGGCUCACUCUGACACGAGGCCCUCCUGUCUCUCAUCAUCCACCGGCAGCAGCUCCAGAGGAUUACGUCUGUCUCAGGGACAGAAUUUUUCUGAGCACACGCAUUCAGGUGUUGUCAGACGGUUGUUCUCCUCUGUUCAACUCAAGGUGUGAAAUAAAGUGCUGAUCAUCCAGUGACAUUA